CAAAGCCGGUUCGCGCGUUUUAUAAAACGUUAACUAUAGCAGAGCGUUUGUGUGCUCGUAAUGUUACGGAAUUGCUGACUGAAACAUCGAUGAAAAUCAAAAUGGAAAAAGUUAAAAGGAAGAGCGAAAUGGAAGUAGAUGAUGAUAACACAGAAGACGCAUCAGUUGCAAGUAACGACAUGGACAAUAACUCUGAUGAUAAUGAUUCCGAAUUAAGUUCCGGCGUUAGUCACGGAAGCGGUGCCGGUACCACAAAAAGAAGAUUCAAAGGCCGAGGGAAAUUUCAUAAAAAGCAAAUUCUAAAAUCUCUUUUCAAAUGUGUCAAUUCGUUGAAGGAGGACCAUGGAAAACCCUUGUUUGGCGUUAGUUUCAAUCAAUUCAUGGGUGAAAAUGAACCCCAAAUGUUUGCUACUGUUGGAAGCAAUCGUGCAACUAUUUAUGAAUGUUGCGAGAACGGAUACAUAAAACUCCUACAAGCCUAUGAAGAUCCCGACCAUGAUGAAACAUUUUAUACCUGUGCUUGGAGUCUUGAUACAACAACUGGUCACCCCAUUCUUUCAUUUGCUGGGUCAAGAGGAGUGAUAAGAGUAUUCAACAUCAUCACAAAGCAGUGUGCGAAGCAUUACCAUGGUCACGGUAAUGCAGUGAAUGAAUUGAAAUUUCAUCCAACAAAGCUAAAUUUGCUGUUGAGUGCUUCAAAAGACCAUUCUUUGCGUAUGUGGAAUAUAAAAACUGACACGUUGGUUUGCGUUUUUGGAGGGGUGGAAGGUCACAGAGAUGAGGUUUUGAGUUGCGAUUUUGAUAUCACUGGAACUAAAAUUGUUUCAUGUGGGAUGGAUCAUUCAUUGAAAAUUUGGCGAUUAGAUCAAUCAAUCAUAGAGCUUGCUAUGGAAGCUUCGGAAAAAUAUGAUGGCUCAAAAUAUAACAAACCUUUUCCAACCAUUCAUAUCCAUUAUCCAUAUUUCACCACGAGGGACAUUCACAGGAAUUAUGUUGAUUGUGUUAAAUGGUAUGGUGACUUUUUACUUUCAAAAUCAUGUGAAAAUCAUCUUGUAUGCUGGAAACCAGGGUUUGUCGAGUCUGAUAUAGACACCUUAAAGUUAAUGGAAAAGACUAAUGUUACUAUUCUAAGUCGACUUCAAUAUCAACAUUGCGAAAUAUGGUAUAUGCGGUUUGCAAUGGAUAUGCGACAGCGAUUUCUUGCUCUUGGAAAUCAAUACGGGAAAACCUUUGUUUGGGAUCUUGAGAAAAUGGAUACUUCUAAACCAAAGUGCUUGCCUCUGGUCAACGUUAGAUGCACAAAUUCAAUUCGUCAAACUGCUUUCUCAAAAGAAGGAAACAUUCUUAUCUGUGUAUGUGAUGAUGCUACAAUUUGGAGAUGGGAUUUGCAGGGAAAAUGAGCUAUCAGCCACUGUAUUUUGUUGUGCAGUUAAAGUUGCACUGGGUUGGUUAUAGCCAGUCAAAAAUGAAAAGUUGAAUGCUUCAGUAAAAUAUUGCUUUAUAUUCUCUAAAUUUGAAUGUGUCUAAAUUUGCACUAUUGUUUUUCCACCAAUCAUCAUGGACCAUGUUUCGCUACCUGAUAUUGCUUGGUAUAACCCUAAAUCUGCUGCUCAGCGAAGGGGUUGACUACCGGCAUGCCUUACUCAAUCAUGAAUACAAACCAUCUACCAAUUGUUUUGCAUGUAACCUUUGCAGUAUGUAAAUUCAUUGACAAAGCAUUGGAAAAGUCACAGCUUUUUGAUGUUUUAAAGUAUCUUAUUCCAGUGGGCAGAGGUAUCUGACAAGUAAACUGGUGCAAUUUGUUCCAGAGGUAAAUCCACUCAUUUUUUAAAGUAUGUUAAAAGUUACAUAACAAGGUUUCUUGCAUACCUAUAUCCGUAUAUGUAUAGUUCCGACAUCACUGAUAUGCUGUUAAUCAUAUCGAAACUUUUGCUAUUCUGUGUAGGCCAUAUCUUGAUUCUUGAAUCAAUGAUUGUUUUGAAUUAUCAACACAACCUCGUCACAUUUUAUAUCGAAAAGCUGUGGGCUUUAUCUUUGCCUACAUGACAAGCUGCAGAACUGAUAUAAAAUGGCUCCAUUUUGUAGGCAAUGAAUAGACCGUCUCCUACCUACAUAUUGAGCGAUAGUUACUUGUGUUUCAUAUUUAGUAUGGGCUAUUUGAUGCACUGAAUCAGAAUACACAUUUUCACUUUAUUUCCAACCUAAAAUACCGUUUCUACAUUAAAUUAGAUGAACACUAAAA